AUGCACAUUGCGAUGCGCGCGACGACGCGGUGCGCGCGCGCGCUGCGCUCGCGCGCGAAUCGUCGGCGCGCGCGGCCGUCGCACGCGCGCGGGGCGGGAAGCGCGCGAACGCGCGCGAGCACGGCCGCGGACGAGGUGUACAGAGUGAUGUCGGCGAAUCAAGAGGUGGCGGUCGUGGCGGUCGUGGGCACGUCGCUCGUGCGAGAGGGCGCGAGACGACACGAGACGGCGCCGACGGCGACGGCGGCGAUGGGACGGUCGUUGAUGUGCGCGCUGUUGCUCGGAACGUUCAAGGGGGAGGACGAGACGACGCAGUUGACGUUCGCGGGCGACGGACCGCUGGGGAGACUCGUGGCGGUGAGCACGCACGACGGUAAGGCGAAGGGGAUGGUGACGAAUCCGAAAGCGGAUCCGCCGUUGAGAUCGGAUGGAAAAUUGAACGUCGGUGCGGCGGUGGGGAAAGGGGUGCUCACGGUGAGCAGGGCGCAUCCGUCGAUGAAGGCGCCGUUCAGCGGAAGCGUCGCGAUUCGUACGGGGGAAAUCGCCGAGGACGUCGCUGGGUAUUUAUCCGAGAGCGAACAAGUUGGUGCUGCGAUCGCGGUGGGGGUGUCGAUCAAUCGUGAGUGUGAGGUUAUCGCCGCCGGUGGAUUCAUGGUGCAAAUCCUGCCCUUUGCGAGCGAUGAGACGAUCGAGGCGCUCGAGCGCACGAUUCCGGCCCUGCCGUCGAGCACGGAACUCGUGUCAGAGGGGCUGACCGCGGAGCAGAUCGCGCAGAGAGUUUUGGGUGAACUCGGGGAGAACCGCGAAUUAGUAACUCGGAUGACGCCAGAGUACGGCCCGUGCGAACCCAACGAUCUGCGCGAGCGAAUGCUUCGCGCGGUGGCGUCCCUGGGCAAGGAGGAGGUCGACAAGAUUCUCGCCGAGGAUGGCCAGGUAGAGAUCACGUGCGAGUUUUGCAAGACCACGACGGUGCUCAAGGAAGACGAACUCACGCUGGCGCAAACCGAGGUAGAGAUGAAGUAG